CAUUAACUUACCUGAAGAACUCAUCAUGAGGGGCAAUAUUAGAAAUAUGUGGUGUAGUUUUGGUUACCUUCCAACAGCUGUCCUGUUUCUCACCCCUGGUGCUGCAGCAAACAGUUAUCAUUAUCAUGUCAGAGAUAACAAUCCAAGUACUGAGUACCCUUUUCCUGAAAUCUUCUUCCUGGACCAUGAGCAUAGGAAAAACAAGAAAAUAUUCGAUUCACUUGAGAAUGAUGGCAUCGAUGAGAAAAAUGGUAUCACGAGGUGCUUUGAGAGAUCGAAAGAGAUCAUCUUGAUCAAGACUUUCACAGAGCUAGAAGGCAAGUACAUUGAUUACCUCUCUUUUUUGUUUAACAAAAGGUUUGUUACAGUUGGCCCUCUCGUUCGAGCAUUUGAUCAAACAGAGGGUGGGUUGUUUAAUGAUAAGAUCAUUGAAUGGCUCAAUGAGAAAGAAAAAUGUUCAAUAAUUUUUAUUUCAUUUGGGAGUGAAUGUUACUUGUCCAAGGAGGAAAUUCAAGAAAUGGCACUAGGGUUGGAACUUAGCAUGGUGAAUUUCAUAUGGGUAAUUAGAUUUCCGGUAAGAGAUGAAACGGAGAUUUCAGAAGUUUUACCACAAGGGUUUUUCGACAGAAAUUGGAAUAGAGGGUUAAUAGUUAAAGAUUGGGCACCACAAGGGAGAAUCUUGGAGCAUUCAAGUAUCGGAGGAUUCUUGACUCAUUGUGGAUGGAAUUCAGUAAUGGAAGCACUUAAUUGUGGUGUUCCAAUUAUAGCCUUGCCCAUGCAACAUGAGCAACCACUUAAUGCAAGGUUAUUGGUUAAUGAGGUAGGGGUAGGAUUGGAAAUUCAAAGAGAUGAGGAAGGAAAUAUUGGCAAAGAAGAAGUGGCUAAGAUUGUAAGAGAAAUGGUGUUUGAGAAAAGUGGAGAAACUGUGAGGAAAAAAGCAAAGGAGUUUAGUGAGAAAAUGAGAGAAAAUGGAGAAAAUGACAUGGAGAGAGUUGUGGAUGAAUUGGUUAAUCUUUACAAGAAAUCAUUUAGGUCUACCUGUUACUAUGGACGGCGCUAAUAAUGAGGUCUUGUGUAUUGCAUCGUAUCUUCUUUUUUUUUCCUUUCCUUUUUCAAAGAUGGUGUUUAAAUCAACUUGUAUGUACUUCAACUAUCUAAGGUAAAUGUAAUAAAAGUUUGGUCCUUUUUCCU